AGUCAUUAAAAAUCCUUUAGGGAGGCCGAUGACUCAACUGAUGAGUCGAAUCAAAAUUCUAGAAAAACAGAUAUUCAAAAAAAAAUAUCACUUAAACUACCAUUUUUCAGACCUCAUUAAACAUUGGCGUGAACAACAGACCUGGCCCUUCAUUUUAGAGAAUAUUUUUAAUAGUCAGGUGUCAUAAACCUUUUGUAGAAGAAGUUAAAUCUACUUCGAUUUUUAAACAUACUAUUAUUUUGAUAUAGGUAAAGAAAGAAAACAUGUUUAUUUGGCACAUCAGCACACACAAUCAAAGUAUAAAUAGGUAGGCUGACAAACCUUAAAUCUAAAUAAGAAGCCAACCAACAAGAUAUAUUACAAACAGCCUAACAAAUGACGCAAAAAUACAUUUAACAUGGCAACAUUACGUUGCACCACUAGCGCCACAUGCGUAUGCGUUUUGCGGUAGCGUGUAUGAACUAUUCGACAAGCAUGUGUCAUUGUGACUGUCACGCGUUGUUUUGAGGCAGGAUACGUACAUCGUAUUUUGUUUUGAAGAUUUCCACACGUUUAUCCAAAGUUCCUGAUUUUUCUGACUAACCUGGCUGUGAUUCUUGGAUUUGUUAUUGAUUUCUUAUAUGUGACCUGGCUGCUGUACAUGGACUCUGUUAUUUAUGUGACUUUGAACUGUAAGGUGUUGCAUUACCUAUUGUGAUCUGGCUACAAGGAUUCCAAAUUUCUAAAUAUGGAUCAACCAUCCACGUCCAAACAAACAAUUGAAGACAUGUUGGGUGCAAUGGCAUCUCCAAGAGAAUGCAUAACAGUACCCGGUGAAUUUUCACUAACGGAUCGAGACCUCUUUAAUAUUUUAGACGAAGGUACUUAUCCAGAAGUGUAUGAUGAAUGGAUAGACAUCAUCGAAGAAGAAGUUGUCACAACAGAAGUUAUAGACACUCAGCAAGCAGGUGUUGAAGCCUCUUCAAUUUGGAUACCAGGCAAUCCAACAGAACUUAACACAUUUUUAUUUACUGGAAACCCUGGUAUUAAACAAGCCAUGUCAGGUAGACAGCCUAUUGAUUAUUUUAAUCUGGUAUUUAAUAUGGAUUUUUAUACUCUUUUAUUGACAUGUACGAAUAGAAAUGGAGAAAUUAUUAAAAGAAAUGCCAGCGGUCCUCAUGCAAGAUUUCGUAGAUGGCAACCAGUGACAAUAGAGGAGUUCAAGGUGUUUCUAGGUUUAAUCAUGCUUAUGGGUGUCAUUAAAUUGAAUAGAUUGUCUGAUUACUGGAAAAAACAUUAUCUUUUUGAUUUAACCUUUACCAAGUACAUGUCUAGAAAUAGAUUUUUUAUGAUUUUGAGAGCACUUAAUGUACAAAUGGAAGCAGGAAACCAAAGCCUAAAUAAAGUGAAAGCCUUGAUUGAUUUAUUUAAUAAAACUAUGGAAGACUUAUAUUACCCCGCUAGAGAGGUUACAAUAGAUGAGUCAAUGAUAUUAUGGACCGGUCGUUUACAUUUCCGUCAGUACCUUAAAAAUAAAGUCCAUAAGUAUGGUAUAAAAUUAUAUAUGUUAGCAGAAAAGCAUGGUAUUUGCAUGAAAAUACAUUUGUAUGCUGGGUCUCAAGACCAAGUCGUGGGAGGAAAAGAUCACGUAAAGAAAGUAAUGCGUGUUUUAAUGAGCAAUUACGUUCAUAAAGGCCACUCUUUAUAUGUGGAUAAUUAUUAUUCAAGUGUAGGCAUGGCUGAAGAAUUCUUAAAUAAAAACACUUAUAUAACUGGUACAUUACAAUUUAAUAGAAAAGGCAAUCCUGUACAAGUAAUAAAUGCCCGAUUGCAGCCAAAUGAAGCAUGUAUUAUGCACAAUAGUAAUAACGUUACGGUCACAAAAUGGAGAGACAAGAGAGAAAUUAGUUUUGUAAGUACAGAGCAUAAUAGCGAAUAUAUACAAACACAAAAUAAAUAUGGAAACAUUUCCUUUAAACCAAAAGUGCAAGUCAAAUAUAAUAAAUAAUUAUAUGAGAGCGGUUGAUAAACAUGAUCAAAUGUUGAGUUACUAUUGUGCUGAACAUAAAACAUUAAGGUGGUAUAAAAAAGUUAUCAUUCAUGUAAUUCAAAUUAAUAUAAUCAAUGCCUUUUUAAUGUUUAAUUUAGACAGAGAAACAAAAAUUAGUUUGUAUGACUUCAGGCUUCAAAUUAUUGAGUUUCUCUUGCCUAAGAAACCAAGCGUAGAAAGACAUUCUGUGCCAGGUAGGGUUCAUGUUCCUGACCAUUUGCCUAAAACAGGUGGAAAAAAAUUAGGA